UGCUAGUUAUUUUAAAACUUCAUGUACGGUGUCAUGUUUAUAGGCGCGUUAGCCGUUCCUCGAUGUUUUUGCAGUCACUACUAUUACUGUAUUAAGUAGUAAUCCAAAGGUCGAUGUUAGCCUCCUUUUUGGGCCUCUGUGCUGCCGUCGUUUUCGAAGCCUAAGACUGCACAAAUCCCGCCUCUGCCAACAUGCGAUUGGAUGAAAGAGUUAAAAUCGCAUUUUCAUUGGCCGCGCUGAGUUUGAUCAAAGCUUUGUUCACAGCGAUCAACUUCACUUUUACAAGAGAGUACAGCAAGAUAUGAUAUGGAUAAAACAUUGAUGUCAGGGAAGGAGGUUGCUGAGGACAAGGUGCCUAAAGAUGACACAGGAGGCAAAGUGCAGAAAGACAUCGAGGAAAUGGAGACGGAUGAAACUGCCUCACCCACAAAGACUGCUGACUCUGAUGAAGCAGAUGAGGAGCUGUCUGAGAAGCCGUGGCCACACUACACGCCUCAAGAUGGAGACGACCUCUGCAGUAUCUGUGGCUUUCUAGCCAAAUGCCCAAGAGCACUGAAGAUACAUUCUGCAAGAAAACAUGGGAAAUUGAUGAAAAAGAACGCUAAGUCGACAGCAAAUCCAGUGGAAGAUGGUGAAAAUGCCUCUAAUGCAGGUCCAGAUGAAAACCCAGAGGAGGUGGGCCUGCACAAACAAAAUGCCGGUGAGGCUGAUCAAAACCAGGAGGCUGAGGCCGGAUCUGGUCUUGAUGAGGUGAGAGCAGUAGCCAAAGAUCAUGGGAUAUAUGCAAAGGGUUCUGCUAAGGAGAGGACAGAGGACAAAACGCAGGAAACUCAAGAAGAGAGCGUCCCCACCCAAGUGAGAAGAGUGAGCAAACGAACCCCAAAACCCAAGAUUAUUUAUUCCUGCAACUACUGUGGACAAGAGUUUAGGGACAAGCCCUUACUAGAGGUGCAUGUCAACAGACACCACACCAAAGACACCCCAUACACAUUUGAUGCUGAUGAGAACAUGGAUGAAGAGGAGGCAGCAGCUCUUGGCAACACCCUGAGGGUUAUCCCAGCACCCGUGGCACCCAAACGCUUGCUCAGCAGGUUCCAGUUGAAAUGUAUGAGCUGUGAUUUUAGGGUUGGCACCUCUGCAUUAUUAGAGAGCCAUGUUCGAGUCAAACAUCCCAGUCAGGACUGGCACCGCUGCAAAUUAUGUAAUUUUUUUUCGGCCACAGCUGAGUGGAUGCAGACUCACCUGUCCUCAGAUAGCCACAAGCAGCAUCAGACGGGGGAGAAAAGCACCGGAUCAUCUUCAUUUGAGAACCAUGUCGAGAGGGUCAAACGAGACAGUACUGGGGAUGAUGUCGUUAUGGAUAAUGUGGCUGAAGAGACAGGUGAAGAAGGAGAAUCUCCACUGUCAGAAGGAGACCUUGAAUCUGAGGAGGCAGUUGAGGCUGCUGCAGUUGUGUUGGCUGAGGGGGAAGCAUCAGAUGAGCCUCCCAGGAAGAAAAGGGGGAGGCCAAAACAGGCGACCACCACCACUUGUGGAUACUGUGGCCUGGUAGUGUCCAACGCUACCAACCUUAGUGUUCAUGUGCGCCGUAAGCAUAGCAAGGAGUAUGGCUACAACUGCACUCUCUGCAACUACAGCUGUGUGACCAAAGGAGACAUGGACCGCCACUGUAUCACAAAGAAACAUGUUAGACGUGCACAGGAGUCUGCGAAUAAGAAAGCAGUCAACACUGAGACAAACACACCAGCCCAGGAACCAAAAGCCGUCUCUCAGAACGCAGAUAAAGAAGCAGAACCUGACAGCACAGGCUCCAAAGAAAACAGUGGAGAAGAACAAGCAAAGUCAGACACAAGCAGCAAAAAGAGUAAAUAUGACUCUGUUAAUGCCUGCAGCCAUUGUGAUUUUGUAGCUCAUUCAAUCCCUUCACUCCAUCUUCAUGUGAAGAGAAAGCACACCAAAGACUUUGAGUUUGUCUGUCUAGCAUGUAGCUACUAUGCUGUGACGAGCAGGGAAAUGUCUCGCCAUGCUGCCACAGACAAGCACAAGUUGAAAAGCCAGAAAUACCUGGAGCCAGUGGGGAAUGAUGGUCUGAGAACGUUGCCGCUUCCAGUGAAGCUGAAGGAGGUCAUUGAGCAGGUGGAAGUAGAAGAUACUGACCCUAACCCAAAACCUGAAGCUGAAACUGUUAGCCCUGAAACUGCUCAUAUAGAGGAGUCUGAGGUUUGUUCUGAUGAUAGCCAAACUGUCGAUGGCCAGCAUAUAGCUCCAGCCACCCCGCCCACAGAGGCUGGUGAUGCCGUGGCCUGCGAGAAUGCAGUUAAAAUUGUAGUAAUGACUGGCAGUGUUGAAACACAGGCCGAAACCACAUCUUGCACCGGUGAGGAGGCGGAUCCGGCCACCGAGGCUGUCUUACCUGCGACAGUGUCUGAUACUGAGAAGGCUCCUGCAGAGCUCCAGCCUGUAGUGGAACAGUCUACUGGGCAGGGGAUGAAGGGCAACAGCCCUUUGACAGAGACACAGCUGUCCAGAAGCAACCCCUUCGAUCCUUGCAUUGUAUCUAUGAAGGUCCUCGCUGAGCAAGAGCAGGCUCUGCAAGAGGGCCUGUCUCUGGAAGGGGAAGCUGCUGUUAUAUGUCUGACUGGAGGAUCAUCGGUGCUCCCCAACUUCACUGCUCCCAGUCCUGCCCCCCAUGUCAAGAAGAUCAAACCCAAGGAGGUGAAGGUGAAAGAUGAGACCAAAGGUCCCACUGCUCGCAUCCGCUGUGACGACUGUGGCUUCAUGGCUGAUGGCCUUAGUGGCCUCAAUGUUCAUAUCUCCAUGAAGCAUCCAUCCAAGGAAAAGCGUUUCCACUGCAUGGUUUGUGGCAAGUCAUUCUACACUGAGAGCAACCUGCACCAGCACCUGAGCAGUGCAGCCCACCUCCGCAACGAGCAGAACAGUGUUGAGGAGCUGCCCGAAGGGGGGGCCACCUUCAAGUGCGUCAAAUGCACAGACCGCUUUGAAACAGAGCAGGAGCUGUUUGUCCACAUCAAAGAGAAACACGAGGAACUCCUGAGGGAGGUCAACAAGUACGUGCUGGAAGACACAGAGCAGAUCAACCGUGAGCGCGAGGAGAACCAAGGCAGUGUGUGUAAAUACUGUGGAAAGGUUUGCAAGAGCAGCAACUCCAUGGCUUUCCUGGCACACAUACGCACACACACCGGAUCCAAGCCCUUCAAGUGUAAGAUCUGCAACUUUGCGACUGCCCAGCUGGGAGACGCCAGGAACCACGUGAAGAGACACCUCGGCAUGAGGGAGUACAAAUGCGACAUCUGCGGGUGGGCCUUUGUGAUGAAGAAGCACCUCAGCACUCACCUGCUGGGAAAACACGGAGUUGGACAGCGUAAAAUGAGGAAGUUUGAUUGUGAGGUGUGCGAGCGCUCCUUCAGUGAAAAGUGGGCCCUGAACAACCACAUGAAGCUGCACAGCGGAGAGAAACCAUACAAGUGCGCCUGGCCGUCCUGCCAUUACGCCUUCCUCAACUUGUCGGCCAUGAAGGAUCACUACAGGACGCACACAGGGGAGAAGUCUUACUUGUGUGACCUGUGUGGUUUUGCAGGAGGCACAAGACACGCCCUCACCAAACACAGACGGCAACACACAGGAGAGAGGCCGUUCAAAUGUAAGCUGUGCAACUUUGCCUCCACCACGCAGUCCCACCUAUCGCGGCACAAGCGUGUUCACACCGGGGAGAAACCAUACCGCUGCCCCUGGUGCGACUACAGAUCCAACUGUGCUGAGAACAUCCGGAAGCACAUUCUCCAUACGGGGAAACACGAGGGAGUUAAGAUGUAUAACUGUCCCAAAUGCGACUUCGCCACCAACUCCCCCACUGAGUUCCGCAACCACCUAAAGGAGCAUCACCCUGACAUUGAGAAUCCAGACCUCGCCUACCUACAUGCAGGUAUUGUGUCCAAGUCGUUUGAGUGUCGUCUGAAGGGUCAGGGAGCUACGUUUGUGCAGGCAGAACCUGGGACCACCCCUUCGACCAGGACCCUGGCAGAGGCAUCCAUCCAGGACGAGCCUGUCCAGCAGGUCAUCAUCAUCCAGGGCUACGGGGACGGGGAUGUGGACCAGACCCUGGAGGAAUCGGCCGCCGCCACCCUGCAGACACUGGCCAUGGCCGGCCAGGUGGCUGAGGUGCUCCACAUCACCGAAGACGGGCAAGUCAUUGCCUCAGGCAGGGAGGUGGCGUCGGGAGGGGCGCACCUCGCCGGAGGCAGCACCCAGUAUGUGGUGCUGGAGUCAGGGGAGGCCAGGGACGAGCUGCAGGCCGCGGCUAGAGGAGGGGUGGCGGUCGCAGCGGCGGGACAAAGCCACAUCGUGUCCGAGUCGUCCACGGCUCUGGACGCCCUGCUCAGUGCCGUCAGUGAGAUGGGCCAGCAGGAGGAGAUGGGAGGAGAGAUAUCCGUGCCUCAGGCCGUCCUGACCGCCGAGGCGGCGGAGGAGGUGCAAAGACAGGUUCUGGAGGAGGUGAAGCAGGAGCAGGACGAUGAGCCUGUCAUCCAGGGGGCCAGUCAGGAGGAGAUGCAGGAGGUGCUGCAGAUCGCAGCUUCCCAGAUGAUGAAGGAGGGCCUGACCCAAGUCAUUGUUAACGAUGAGGGCACCCACUACAUCGUGACGGAGCUGGACGGCUGCACUCUACAGGUGGAGGGAGGCAUCUACGGGGAGGCGGGGGGGAUGGUCCAGCAGGCGGAGCAGCAGGCGGGAGCAGAGAUGGUGGUCUAUCUCGACUGACAUUGUCCUGGAAAGACAGAGACGAGACUGAAGCUCAAAGUCCAAUUUGUCACAUUUACUGUACAGUGCAGCAACACGGUUCUGCUGAAGUCUGCUCUCGGCCAGAGAUUUGCCUGAGAAUCUGUCUCUCAGAGUCUUCCACUUCUUUUUUUCUCAAAAAAUCAUCCCAUCUCUGUCUUUUUCUCAUUUCCUUCUCUUGGGCUAUGAUAUACUCAGGUUAACCAUCAUUUUGUGUAGUGACAAAGAGAGGAGAAAGGUUUUGGUGCUAAGUGAGUUAACGUGCAAUCCUCACAACCACCAUGAUUUCAUUAACCACUUUAUUAAAGACAUGCAGCUUUAGGAAGUAUAUAUUUUGAAAUGUCUUAUCUAAUAUGUUGAGUUAUGUUGAGUUUAACGGCUCCUUGAAAUUGAAAAUAUGUCCUCUAUUCUUUCAGAUAAAGCAGUAAAGAUUGCCACUGUUUUUUUUUUCUCUCUCUCUCUUUUUUUGUGAAUGUCAGCUUAGAGCUUGUUUUAUGAUGCAUUUUGCUGAUGGGUCAUGUGACUCUGAUUGCUUCAGUGCUGUUUAUUUCCUAAUGAGUUGUGUUCUAUGACAUUCUUUUCUUUCAUCUUCUUUUUGUUGAAUAUAAUUAGUUACAAACCAAUAUUUUGAUGGAUUUUUUUAAGGAAAAAAAAAAUAAAAAAGCAAACAUGGUCUAGAUGUUUUUUCUGCUUAACAACAUAGGAUUAAAUGCCUCGCAGAUUUCUGACAGCCCUGCAACUACUUCUAAGCUCAGCUCCGUUAAAUACUCCUGUACAAAACAUUCAUGCGUUUUGAUUUCUAACAAUAAAGGUUGACCUUCAUUUUUGA